AGCACCUAAUCCCAAAUAGUACAAUGUACAUAUAUUUUACAGAUCCGUACAGAGAGUUCGUAAACAUGAAUUCGAGUUCACGACGUCAGCGUUCCCGCAUGCCCAACUUUACCAUCGGGGAGGAGAAUGUGCUGAGAAUGCUGACCGCCAAAUACCAUAAAGAGAUCGAGGACAAGGCGUCCAAUGCACAUGUCUGGCGUGCGAAAAAUCGGGCCUGGGAGAGCAUUGCCGCUGAGUUUUACAACAAUACGCAAAUCCAACGUUCGGCCGUAAAACUGAAAUCCAAAUACGAGACAAUGAAAAAACAAAACAAGCUGCUGAAUGUGUUGGUAAAAAGAGAGCCAACACAGGAAGAUGCCUCGCCCAACAAAACGAACGAGCAGAGGAAUACGCUGGAAGAGUCCAAGCGGCAUGUGGAUCAAGCUGAACAGGUUGUGAUCGUGGAACAAUUUAAAGCGGAAACCCAAACGGAUCAGGUUAUGGCCGAGGCGGAACCAGGCCCGAUUGCAGCUGAAACGCGCGCCAGCGAAGGGGAUCAGAUCAUGUCGAAUGCGGAGCAGGCUAUGGUCGAUGCGGAUCAGAUCAUGAUCGAAGCGGUGCCGGAAAAUAAGCCCAUGGAUGGCAUCGAAACGGUUUUGACUGAGCUCAGGCCAGACUACUCCAAGAUUUCAGUGCGAAGCCGCAGAUCAGAUGCCAAUAUAUCCGCCAAUAUUGAUGUCGAACGAGUGCGCGAAUUUCUGCGGCAAUACAAGAACCUAAACCAGGCACAACUAGCUGCGGCCAAAAGCAAUGCGCCGAGUCCGGACAUCGAAAAAGCAGCCCUGCAUUCCAGUGAGCAGGACAACAACGAGCUGGUAAAGGAACUCAGCUUGACCCAGAGAUCUUUGGCCGCACAAUUCAAUUAUUAUCGCAACAUGGAUAUCCGAGCACAGCAGAAGCAUCUGGCCGAGCUCAAGAAUCUUGAGAUACAGCAUCAGAUUUUGGAGAUCGAACUUCAGAUCAAGCAAAAAGAGUUGCAGAAAAAUAGCUAAAGCUAAUACUAAUUAUCUAAGGCAACUUUUGUGUGUUUACACGUGUGGGGAUAUCAUGUAUUUGUCUUGAUGCAUUUAUUUUAAUUAUUAUAAGUAAGCCCUCUUUUUUUUUUUAAAUCAAUUUCAUAUAAGAACUGUAAACUUAGUUUAUCUACGCAUAUUUACACGUGCAUGGAUAUCAUGUAUUUGUCCGGGAUAUCAUGUAUUUAAUCUUAAUGCACUUCUUUUUAAAAAGUCAGUAAUGAAGCGGUUAUUUUUUUUUAAUAAAUAUGAUAUAAAUAAGUUUACAUGAAAAUGUAA